AUGGAGAAUGUUGCUUCAAAUUCUCAAGAUUCUAAUAAAUGGGGAAGACUUAUAUCAUGCAUUCCCACCUUGAAGUCAGUUGCUAUUAAUAAGGAUGCUUUCAAAUUGGGAAGAUCACUUAGUUGUGAUAUAAUCAUUAAAGAAAGCAACUUUAGUACAAAUGCUCUGGUAGGAACUAUUAGCAAAGAGCAUUGUAUUAUCUUCAAGAACCCUUGCUCAACAUAUGCAUAUUUGCAAGACUUAAGUAAAAAUGGCACUUAUGUUAAUGGCACAAAAGUAGAAAGAGGCAAACCUGUUUGUUUAAGAACAGGUGAUAAAAUAGCAAUUGGACAAAGAAUGAAUAGUGUAUAUACAUUCCAAUCAUUAUUGCCAGAAGAUUUACCAGAUACAUUGACACCACUCACACAUUUAGAGAAUACUCCAACAUACACUGAAGUGUUGCCCAUUUGGGGUCGUCUUUUGUCUUGUUUAUUAUUCCUGAAUUCUUUUGAUAUUCAUCAGGAUAGAUUUAAAGUUGGGAGAUCUGAAAAAUGUGAUGUACCUAUAAGCCGUACUAACCUGUGUCAGAAGUACAAAGAUCUUUUUAGUAAAGAACAUUUUAUUAUUUGUAAGGAUUCCACAAGCAAAGUGGUGUAUAUUAAAGAUAUGAGUAAAAGCGGAACCUAUUUAAAUAAUAGGCUCAUAGGCAAACAUAAUAUGAAUAUAUUACAACACGAUGACAAAAUUUCCAUUGGGCCUAAAUUGGAAAUAUUUAUAUAUAAGUGUAUGUAUGAACACGAUAGAAAUUUUCUACCUCCGGAAUUAAAAACAAGUUACGAGCCUUCAAAUAUACUCGGCAAAGGAGGAGCUGGAGAAGUAAGAUUGGCUUAUGAAAAACCUUUUAUUAUCAGUAUGAAAAAUAUAGUCGAAACGCCAGUGGAUGUUUACAUAGUAUUGGAUUAUAUGCGAGGAGGAGAAUUGACAAACAGAAUUUUGUCCAAUGAACCGAUGACUGAAUCAAAUGUGAAGUUUUUGUUUUACCAAAUGGUUUUGGCUGUCGAUUAUCUACAUACCAAGGGAAUUACCCAUAGAGAUCUUAAGCCAGAAAAUGUUCUUCUCCACUCCGAAGACGUGGAAACGUUGUUGAAAGUAUCCGAUUUUGGUUUAAGUAAAGUCACUGAAGAGGACGACAUGAUGAAAACAAUUUGUGGGACGUUGAGUUACAUAGCGCCAGAAAUUUUAAACAGACAAAUCAGGGAAUAUAACAGACAAGUAGAUGUGUGGAGUUUGGGCGUUAUUUUAUUUUAUAUGCUCGGAAAGAGACUACCUUUUAAAUCUCCAGACAGAUCGAUUUUGGAAAAAAUUAUAAUUAAUGGUUAUUACACGUUUGAAGAUGAAAAAUGGGAAGAAAUCUCAUCAGAUGCCAAAGAACUUGUUAAAGAAAUGCUUACAGUCGAACCUGAAAAUCGAAUCACUGUAACAAAUAUACUGAAACAUCAGUGGUUAUCAAAAGAUCUUAAUAUGAAGAUCAGAGUCAACCAACUGUAUCACUCACAUCUGGAGACUGCUGAAGAAAAUGUAACGCCGUUUGACAAUGAACCAUCGGCUAAACGAAUCAGAUCGUCAUCUGACGAAUCAAGUUCCUCUCAGUAA